GUAACGGAUCUUCUGCAGAAAUCAGUGCAUAGAUACAGUAUCUGAAGGAUCAAAGUGUUGAAAAUCAAUUAAAAGAUGGACGAGGCUUCUGGCACGACGACAACCGAUGGCAAGUCCCUGGAUGAGGCGCCGGUGGCCGCAGGACUGGAGCCCACACAGCCGAUCGGCUUCCUGCAGCUCUUCCGCUUCUCCACCUGCGGGGAGAUCGCGUGGCUCUUCUUUGGGUUCCUCAUGUGCUGCGUCAAGGCGUUGACCCUGCCCGCAGUGGUCAUCAUUUACAGCGAGCUCACAGCACCCUCUCCGCUGCCACGAACAUCACCACGCUGUCGUUUCCCUUCACGAUGGCCAACAGCAGCGGCGGCGGGUACACCAUUCCCACGGGGACCCUGAGCAUCCUUCCCAUCGCGGCGAACGCCCAGCUGCCGACCAUCACGACAACGGCCAGUGGCUACGAGCCCAAUGACGUCAUCACCACGAUCCCCGUCUCGCUCUCCAUUCAGCGCUUCCCCUCGUCCCUGUCCAUCGUGGACCUGGCCCAGGAGCAGGACGGCUACAGCAACAGUGGCUCCAGCAACGGCAUGACCGUGGGGCCGGGUGCGGGCGGCGGCGGCGGCAUCACCACCUUCAUCCGGUGGCACGAUCGCCCUGCCCCAGAGCGGCGCCACGGCAACGGCCACGAGUGCUACCUCAACCCUCGCCAAAAACAGUCCCGAGGCCAAGACAGGAGAGGUCUAUGUCUGAGCGGAGGAACAGGACACCUAUUCCGACCCAUCCACUGGAUUAUAGCGUUCGUCGUAGGUUUAAGCACCCCCUUCCAGAACCACUGA